AUGUCUACGCUCGAUGGAGCAGUUCCUCUGGGUUUAGGCAUCACGAAACUUCGACUGUGGGACGAGAUUCAUCGUGUGCAUUACGAAUCAAUGCACACCAUUACCCAGUCGUCCGGACAUUGGACAGAUUACACUCCGCGUGUGGACAGUGGAGCUUCGCAAGGCGAUUCAGUUUCCGAACAUCUGUCCGUGCCUAUCAAGCCGUCACGUCAACCUCACAUUCAACCACACCGGCCAGCAUCUGAGACACGAUACCCUCGAACGAAAAGGCGGAAGACGGAACAUCGCAGUGAAGACCCUUCGAGGGUCGUUGAUCUAUGCUCAGCGUCGAAUGAAGCAGAUCCAUUUGGCAUCCUCCUACCGCCUCCGCCACCCAAACCGGGGCCAUCCUUACGAAAGCCGCCACCGCUAGUGUCUCGAAUCAAAGCCAAAGCACGUCGCGCCAACCGCAAACAGCAAAAAGGCGAGCAUCGACGACGACUCUUCCUUUCCCAUCUCAUUCAACUCAUACGCCUCACUAGUCAACAUCACAUCUCAAAGCCAACACCGCCAACAACUCUCAACGACGUCCGUCUCGGUACGAAAUUGCCACAGCACACGACGCUGCAAGCAGUCUCCUCGUUCCCGGAAUGUCUCGGCGUUGAUUUAGAAAGCUUUGUGGAGACCGUCUUCGACACCGACGUCCAGUCCUCCGAGAUUACCGACCCUUCCGAUAUCGAGGACGAAGAGUCGGCCAAAGUAACGAGGAUGGAGAUCGAAUUGAGGAAGAAGAUUGGAGGUGAGGAUGUUCGCGUGCCGAGAGGAGUGUUCAGAUGGAUGGUGGCGAGAGAUUUUGCGGAGAGAUGGCCGGAGAGGGUGACACAUGUGAAGAGGAACCCUUGGCCUGGAUUGGAGGAUGUUUGGGGGUCGCCUUCGCGAGGGGGAGGAGAAUUGGGUGCGAAGCGACGGGAGGAGCCGGUACGAUGGCAGAGCGGUCCACGCAGCAGGUUCAUCCGGAGGACGGAGAGGGACGAUUCAGGGCAGAAAACAACAACAGUGAAAGUAGCGGAAGGCGAUCACCAUGUUGAUGGACUGGCAGGACUGGCAGGAACGCAAGAAUCUUCGACUUCAAGUGCACAAGAUUAUAGGGCUCGGUUUGAUGCGAUGGUCGGAUCGGCACGCUAUCCUGGGCCUUCGACCAUGGAUACAAUCAUCGUAGCAAAACCCACAGAGGUGAGCCAUGUAUCGAAGCGGCUUUUCGACUCUGUCGGGCACUUUCCUGUCUCGUUUGAUGCAUCCUUCAACACCUGGGACUCGAGCAGCGCAAACGCAUGCUCGCAAGAGGCCACUCUACCGAGCACAACUGUCGGCGUUCCAAUUCGCCUCUGA